AUGAAUUCUUAUGUCCAAAGAUUGGAUGUACAGUUAUCACUUCUAUCUCUUAGUAGAUUAAAUUGACGGCUCCAAUUACCCAGGUAAAGGAGUCUAAACGCCUAUAUGUGGUUAUUUUGGAUAGAGUGAUAAAAAUGAUAAUUUACAAUCAUACUCUCCUUAAUCACGAGCAUGAUAAGUUCUUGUCAAAUGCAAAUUCCCAAAGAUAUUUUUCAACUAUUCAAGAAGGUAUCCAAUAAAUCUUCACAACAGUAUAUAACCAAUCAAAAAUUGGAAAUAUUUGUCUCUGAUCAAUUCGAGGAUAUUGGCGAUUUAUAGCAUCAAAUGCAAGCCUUUUUUAUUUGAAAUCAAGCUAAGCAGCAAAAGCAAAUAGCUCAUACCUAUACCAUAUCAAAGACGGAUGGAGUUGAGUUGAAGCUUACUUUUUCAGCCUCUAAAGCAUUUCCCCCUUAAACUUUUAUAAUAGUAUAAAUAUGGGAUCAAUAUGCCAGUUUAAAGUUCAAUGACUAAGCCUACACCAUAACGACGCGCAUAAUUUUUUGA